AUGAAAGGAGAGAUCGACAAAGCGAUGGAAUACAACAAUCUCAUGCAACCGUUGCUCGUCCAUCCGGUAACUGAACUGUUUUCAUGGCUUCCCAAAUUCUAUUACGUCCCACUCGAUGAUUUGGAACGGGAACGUAAAGCUCGUGGGACCGUGAUACGCAAAAGCAGUUUUCGAUUGCCUGGCGAGUCGUAUUUUCUAUGGGGUCAGGCAGUAUACUUGAUUUCUCAAUUACUGAUCAGCGGAUGUUUAACUCCCAUGGAUCUGGAUCCGCUCGGUCGGUGUUCUGCGUGCAAUCGCGGCCGUGCAGCGAUCUCACAUGGUGGCUCUGUACUAGGUGAGCGACCGAUGAAUGUUACUAUUCAAGUGGUACUUAUUUCGGAGUCGACACGCCUUCAGCAAAUUCUGGCUACCUAUGGUGUCCCCACUCAAACUCCCAGACAGGUCGAACCGAUUCAGAUCUGGCCCCCGGAUCAACUGGUUCGUGUUGGAAAAUUCAUGGGCUGUAGCCAAAAUUUGGGCCUCACAGGUCGUCCCCAAAGACCGGUUGGUCAGUUAGGAUGCAGUCGAUUUUAUCGUAUCUCCGGGUUGACAGUGCUCUGCUAUCCGCUGCUAUUCGAGGCGCAGGAUUUCUAUCUUCUGCAUGACAUGCAAGUGGUAAUCGACGAGGUCAAGACCGAUUUCAAGUUUCUCUCAGAUUGGUGGAGAUUGCCCGGCAGACCUACUUUCUGCUUCUUGAUCAAGGAAGAUAUGGUUAAAGUUUCGGGUUUCGAUCAGCUGUUGCGAUUCUUGAUUGGAAUGAAAAAUGGCACAGUCCAUGGGACACGAAUUGUUCUAGGUCGAGCCCAGGUUGAGGCAAAGUAG